AUGCCUCUUCUGGCGGUUAAAGAAGUGGUACGGGUUAGAGAAGACAAGAGAAGAGAAGAAAGAGAUCCUUUCAGAGAUCUAGGAUCUGGAGAGAAGAGGCAAACAAGAGCACCUACAGUGCUUACCGCCGCCCAUAGACAUCUGCAACAGGAGGCUUGCGUUGCCGGCCUUUAUGUGAUACGACUUUAUCUUGAAGACCCCUAA